AUGAAACAAAACUCUCAUAUCUCUACACCUGUAUCAUCAAAUGAAGAAGGAAUUUCUAAUAAUAAUAAAAUAUCAUCAGAUGGUGUACAGUUGAAUAAAUCCGAUCGAAUGCAUUAUGAUUGCGAUGGCUUGAAUUCAUCCAAUGCAUACAAUGCUGAUGUGUUAUCCAAGGUGAAUUCCUCAACUGAAAAUACUUCUAUUGAUUCAAAUAUUUUGACUCCUUCCACUGGGACACAUCGAAGUUCUAAGUAUCCAACUAGAUCAUCUACACGAAUGGAUACUCUUGCUUCGCAUAAUUUAGCAAAUCGUCGUUCAAAUCCUGUUCCAAUUCAAAUUAGUGAUAUUAGUCCAUCGAAAGUUAAUAGUACCAACUGCGUUCAACACACUACGACGAGUACUAUGACUAAUACUACCACCAGUAUUACUAGUACUCUGACUACUCCAACUUAUUUAUCCCCUUUUAUAACAUAUGAUUAUAUAAAAGCAAAACAUUCACCAAGUAUCUAUCCUCCACCACCUUUGAGUAUAGAUGAAUUAAAUAUAUUAUUGCAUAAAAUUGAUGAACAAAUUAAACUAUGCAUUAGUGCUUUAAUUGAAGAAGAGGAAAAGCGUCGUUCCUAUCGUAUAGAUGAUGCUAGACGUGUACAUAAUUAUGAACCAUUUAUACGUGCAUUUCUUACAGCUUUAGCUAGACAUGGAUUGUUAAAAGAUCAAUUAUUAACAGCUAUGCAAAUGAAAAGCUCAAAUUCUAAUCAUACAACACAAGGCGGAGGAUUAGUAGAUAAUUGUAAAAAGUCAAAUGUAAAAAAUACUUCUACUACUAAUACUACUACUAAUGCUACUACUGGUAAUAGUAAACGACAUAUCAUUAUGAAUAAAUCUCAUCCUGAACGUGUUUAUGCAUCAUUUACAAAUACUAGUUCAUCAAUUAAAACUAGAUCUUUUCGUUCAAACUCCUCUUUAAUAAUGAAUAGAUUAACUACUCGUGUUAAUUCUUCAUCUACGAAUAGCAUGACGAAUAACCUUCGUGUUCCACAUCACUCACAUCACCCUCAUCAUCAUUAUACCUCUUUAAAUUAUCGUAAAUUACGUACAAGGAAUAAUAGAGAAAAUCCUGUUCGGAAUUUACGUUUACGACGUGGUCGAUGUCCCAUUGUCGAUGAAUCAUCAUCAUCAUCACCACAAGCCUCUACAACACAAGAAAAAGAAAAAUCCGGUGAUAAUCGAUUAUUAUUAUUAUCAUCAUCAAGUGAAUCUUCUACAGUAAUCGAUAGUAUAAAUGAUGAUUUACUAUGCAGUAGUAGUGGUAUAACUACACGCUUAAAACAAAAUGGUGGUACACGUCAAACAUCAAGUCUAUCUACAGGACAAAAUAAAAAUUCAUGUGCAAUACAAAAUAAUCCAAGUGAACAACAACAAUCACAGUGUGAUGAAGAAAACAACGAAUCGAUAUCUGAAACUGUCUUCACUAGCUCCACUUCUAGUAAUAAUUUAUGUACAGAUAAUUAUCAUCAGAAAUCGUCUACUACUGCUCCUACCACUACAGUACUUAAUGAUGAAAACUCCAUAGUUGAAGGUAAUGUAUUGUCUUCAACCUUAUCGUCAGCAACAUUAGCAACAUCUUGUUCCUCGUGUGGUUCAUCACCGCAAUCAUCGAAUUCAUCACGAUCAACUAAUCAUCUAUCUAUUCCUUAUUGUAGUAAUAGUAGAAAGACAAGUCGUCAAAUGAUGAAAACAAAUGAUGGCAAUACAACUACAAGUACUACUACUUCUACUACUACUAAGCGUUCAUUACGUCCACGUGUUUCACGUGAACAAACCUCUUCUCAAAAUGAUAUACAUAAUUCAACGGAUUCAGUUAGUGUAACAUCUGAAGAAACUGUAGAUACAAAUACAAGUGGAGCUGGUAGUGGUGUUGGGGGUGGCGGCGGUGGUAUAACAUUAAGGGAUAGAACAGUGAAAUCUUCUUCACGCACAAAUAAUAAUAAUAGUACAGAUUUGAUAAAUGGUACUUCUACUGCCACUACUACUGCAACUACAGAUACAUCUAAUUCAUCAACUACUACUCAACGAAUUCGUAAACGACGCCUUCUUUAA